AAAUCACAUUAAAUUGCUUUUAUGAUCAGUGAUUGAUCACAAUUUCAGAAUAUACUCCGAAGCUAAGUUGCUUAUGCUGUACCAGGGAAGCGUGCUUACUAUUUCGGAUGAACAUUUGCCCGCAAGAAAGUUCUGUUCGAAGAGGGAACCAUGUUUGCUCACUUUUGACAACACCGUCUUGAUAAGUCAGAGCGUUGUUUGGCGCUGUCUAGGAAUCAAAUCUCUGGCAGCAACGCGCGAAAGCCGUCCAAAGCGACUAAACACGCAAAAAUCAGUUGGGAUGGUAAUGGUGUCCGUAUUUUGGGUUACGCAUAGUAUACAGCACGCAUCGACUAUCUUGAAAAGUGACAAAGGAUUAAUGGUGAAAUUGACAAAGCAGUAUAACUGGGUUUGA